AUGAAGAGCUUCAGUGCGAGUCUCCUCCUGGUUGCCGCCGCUGCUAGUGUAGCAUCGGCUAUGCCUCGUUCGCGUGCAGUGUGUCCAAGAGCUGUAGCGAUCGAGUGCAAGGUAGACGGAGAGGAAUCGCCAGAAGCAGCGCUGCGACAGGUGGACGAAUGGGCCCUGGAAUCGAUGUACUGUGCCACUGGCUGCGAUGCCGUGAUCAAUCACGACGUGCCGCACCCCUAUGCGACCACGGUCCGGCCGAUCUGCUCGGUGUACAAGGACGAAAUCAAAAUCGAAUACAAGAAGUUCAAAUCGAAGGAUGGAAAGAAGAGACGUUCAUCGCAAUCCAGAAGGUCAGAAGCGGCUGGAGUCAUGGCGAGGAGGGACAUCGAUGCCUAUACGAUUCAGAGCGCCACCUUCCAGUUCUGCUGUACCCAUCCGAAUGGCACCGACUUUACCGAAGUGGCAGCAACGUACAUCGGCCUCGAAUUAUCGAUCUGCAAGCCACUUGUACUACGUCCGUCUCUGCAGAGCGCUGCGUAA